UUGAUUAACACAGAAAGGACUGCGUAUUGCUGACUGGGUAUAUUUCUAAUUGCAUCAUCAAAACAACCACUGUGCCGUCAUCAGGCAUCGAGACAAGUGGAGAAAAAUAAUACUAAGAUGUUGACUAACAUAUGUCGCCAAGCACGAUUUGUGGCAUCACCAAGAGGAUUCGCAAAGACUACCACUUUUCACAGAUGCAAAGAGGACUAUUCGACAGAGAAACCCGUUUCGCUUGUCGGACGUGAUUUUUUGACUUUGCGAGACUUUACUAAGACUGAGAUACAACAGCUACUAUGGACAUCGCUUUGCUUGAAAGAUCGUAUCAAGAAUAAAAAGGAGAUUUUCCAACCAUUGAUAGGAAAAUCGGUGUCCAUGAUUUUUCAAAAGAGGAGCACCAGGACUAGACUGUCGACGGAGUCGGGAAUGGUAUUAUUGGGUGGUCAUGCUGCUUUUCUCGGCCCAUCCGAUGUACAUCUGGGAGUGAAUGAAACCAUCAGAGACAGUGCCAGAGUGUUGUCAAGAAUGACAGAUAUUAUUUUGGCCAGAGUCUAUGCACAUUCUGACGUGGAGGAAUUGGCAGAUGAGGCCAGUGUUCCUGUAAUCAGUGGCCUGUCAGACAUGUUUCAUCCACUGCAGUGUUUAGCCGACUUCGUAACACUUCAGGAGCACUAUGGAUACUUAUAUGGCCUGAAGAUCGCAUACGUUGGUGACGGUAACAACAUUCUCCACUCUCUAAUGUAUGGGUGUGCCAAAUUAGGUAUUGAUCUCAGCAUUGCUACACCAACAGGCUAUGAACCCGAUCCAGACGUCACCCAAGAGGUCAUUAAGAUGUAUAAGCAAAAGAAGACACAGUUUUGUAUGACGUCAGACCCACUAGAAGCAGUUUACAGAGCCGACGUCAUUGUGACAGACACGUGGGUUUCCAUGGGACAAGAAGAAGAAAAAACGAAAAGAUUGAAAGAUUUUGCAGGAUAUCAAAUAGAUCGAAACAUGCUGAAAGAGGCCAACGCCAAUUGGACAUUCCUUCAUUGCCUUCCCCGAAAACAAGAAGAGGUCACAGACGACAUUUUUAACGAUAAAAAUUCUCUUGUUUGGCAGGAAGCUGAGAAUAGAAAAUGGACGGUCAUGGCUGUUAUGCUUCAUGUGUUACAAGAUUACUCCCCACUUUUGCCAAAACCCAAAUUUGUACGAGGAGAAUGAUAUUAGUCUGUUGGUCAUUAUCAAAUUUCGGGAAAUAAUCGAUAUCCGCCCCCAAAGCACACGUCCCAAACAUAUUUCUAUCACCCUCAUACAAACUGGAUAUUGUUGUCGUUGGAGCGCUUUGCAUGUUUUCUUGGGUAACAUUCUUAAAUAUGCAUUUGAUCUGUUUUAGUCAGGGUUUGGAGAAAAUAAUGAACCUAUUUCAUGAAAUAUAACUGAUCUCAUUAAUAUCGUGGAUGUACUAAGCUCUUGUCUUAUAAGAAUCUCACGCUUCUAUAAAUUGCUUUAGAAAUAGGCCUCAGCGCGACCAUCAUAGGUUUAUAUUUAUAUUUAUAUAUUAUGAUGUUAACAUAAACACUAUAUAUAAUAUAUAUACAAUAUAUUUCUUAAAAUGUACGUGCUUCACUUGUAUAUUGUAAAGCAAACCAUUGUGUCUAACUCGUACGUUUCGUGAAAUAUGAAGCGUUGUAAAUAAAAGCCCACUGUAUGUCUUUUUUUAGAACGGUAAAAUUGUACUUAUACAUAAGCAACAAUGAUGAAAACAAAGAGGAUUAGACCCUACACAUUUUUACAUGUAACAAGCAAACGGCACAACUACAAGUAUAAGUUGGUGUGUGUACACACGUUGAUAAAGAGAUCUCAACGGUUUAUGAGAUGUGCUCAGGAAAGAAACAUAAUUGGACACGACUAGAGCGCAUAUCAAUAUCUCACCCUCCCAACUAACAAUCCCAACAAGUUUUGUAUCUCAUUUGUAUACGCCGACAUUUAUAUCCGUUAAAAAGGUGUGAAAAACGAAAGCGAUUAAUUUCUUGAAGCCAGAUCUUUAUCAAGGUUGGUCAACAUCCAAGUUUUCCUUUUGAAUAAGCUGCUGCAUUUCAGCGCUUUUUGUGGCUAUCUUUGUUAAAGAUACAUUAUGGGAGAUUAGAUACUGGUAGUUCUCACUAUAAAAGUUAAAAGUUUGAUACUGUAAAGGGAAUUUGCUGAAAAUUUCAGUCAAAUUGAUCCACUAUGAACUGAAAUUUUAGCGAUUGAAUUUUCGGCCUUGCCUGGAUCAUCAUUACUAAAGUCGGUAGGAUAAAAAAAAACAUAGUCUCGAUUAUCCAUUUCAUGAUUUUAUUAUAUGAAUGGAUGUCGAACAUCACAGGCUAGCGAUGCCAUCGAGAGUUGAUUAUGGUCUGGAUAAGUUAAUUAAUGUCGUCUAAUUAAUAAUUUAGAUAACAUUUCAGGCCUAAAGAAAGACCUGUAAUAGGCAGAUUUAGCUCUUGCAUAAUGUAUGUUUAACUUUAAUUUUCGGCUAGAAUCGAGUGGUUGAAUGUACAUUUUCUGCCCAGUUUGUAUUACAUUGACAUGAUGUUGAGGCGUAAGCCAGAGCCUAUAGAAUAUUUUAACCGGUUAUACCAAAAUAUCAACACAUUUCAAUCAUUUUUAUACCCUCACAUUUUCCAUACUCCUGCAGUGUGUCGUUUGAUUGGCACUUAUCCGACUAAACACUGCAGGACUCCCCCCAAAUUUCUGUUCCAAAUUAUGACUAGUUAACAGUCCGGUCAAUAACCGAUACAUUACAGCGUAAUAAAUCAAUCGGGAUCAAUAAAAGCUCUAUUAUGUUAACAUAAUAGUAUAUAAUGACAAUCUUGGCUACCAUACGUCAUUACGCGAGAAAUUUAUUAUGUUCAAUUAAACAGUGCAUAGGAAACUAGUGCAGAAAUACUAAUUGUGGGACAAACGAGGCUAUUCAAAAUAGCUAAAACCGUAAACAUUUUAUAAUCACCACAAAUUAUUAAUUAAUAUAACUAUUAUAAUAUCAUAUCUUGGGGAACUAUGAACAAGAUAAAAUCUAUUAACAAAUUUAGGCCUAGAUGUUUUGUGCAAAAUUGUCGUAAGUGCAGGAAGUAACCAAAAAGGCACAUUGACCCAAUAAAUAAAAGAUAAAUAGACUCAACCAAAUAUAUUUUAUUAUUAAGAAUUAAUAUAACUAUUAUAAUGAUUAUGACAUCAUACUGUUGAUGACCUCAUAGCCUAUGUGACAUUGAUGUUCUAUCAUGAAAUCAAAUUCAGCUUAUAACAAUCUGGUAAUGAAAAAUGUCACUUACGAAAUUUUUGCUCCAAGAAUUUGGUCAACUUUUCACUUACGACAAUUUUGCACAGACAAGAUUUCCGGUUUCCAUGACAACAUAACGGGCAAAACCAUGCUCAUCUGAAAAGUUGGUCAUCCACUAUCAAUAAUAUAUCGUAACAUGGAAAUCACUUACAAUAUUCUUGCUCCAACCCAACGACAUGUGGAAUCUGUUUAUCAUAUUCGUUGGAUCACACAGCAGACAAACAAUAUUUUCACCAUCACCAUGUUCCGUAGCCUAUUGUAUUUCAACGAACUGGACAGAAAUACGGCUUCCAACAGUUUUUCUUACUUGUGCUUUUUUGAUAAAAUAAUAAUAUUUCAUGGAUUUUCUUCAGAAAAAUGGAUUAUUAUUGUUUUCAUAACAAAGGUACGUGAGCAGUAAUUAAUCCAAACUCAGUGUUUGUUAGUAGGCUUACUGAUUCAAGUACAAUUGUACGGCUGGAUGCAUCGGGAGCAAACAUCGAUACUCGCAUCGGUAAAUUGUGCCGUCGCGGAAGUUCGCUACUGGAACAAAUUCUUUGACUCAAAUCCCCGAUAUAAAUUUUGUUAACAUGAAUAUUUGUACCAACAUUAAAGGACAAUAUUGGUGCCAGUCAUU